CCGCGGUCCCUGCCUCGUCAGUGUAAACAAAGAUGGCAGAUUUCGAUGCCAUUAACACCAUUGAGAGAGACGAAGAGGAGAAUUCUUCCUCAUCCAUCGAGUCUUACACACAGACGCCCGAGCCAGUGAUAAUAAGAGGAGCAGGCAAUAUCACAGUAUUUGGCCUGAGUAACCGGUUUUGCCGGGACUUUCCAACGGCACUUACGGGCAGAUUAGCCCCAGAGGAGUUUGCAGGCUCAGUAUCCCGCGUAAAUACUGUGCUCAGGAAGACUUUACCCGUGUCUGCUCGAUGGCUUCUAUGCGGGUGCUGCUUCUGUCUUUGUACCUGUGGUUGUUCACUCUGGCCAGUGAUAUGUCUUAGUAAAAGGACUCGGAAUGCUAUUGAAAAGACCCUGGAAGCAGAAAACACAAACCUAUAUCACAAGCUUGGCCUUCACUGGAGACUUUCAAGACAAAGAUGUGAUAAUUCGUCACUUAUGGAAUAUGUUCUGGUAAUAGAAGUCAUCCCAAAAAAGGAUAUUCUUCGGCCCGACUGACGUUGCAGUUUGGCUUUGUCCACACGUCUUAGCAUAGCGGUCAAAGGGAGAGUCAAGACAGCGACCAACUGCCCGAUGCUGAGAGUGACAGAGUUCCUCUAGUCACCGUCUCAUCCUCAAAGAGUUACAAGUUUUCACAGUGAUUGGCGGGGCACACAAUGUGCUUUAGCAUUUCUCUCCAGUUUUUUCACAAUUGACUUGUUUCCUUUUGUGAUUCUUAAGGUAUGAGUAAUAUGGUAUACAAGGAAAUAUUACAUUUAUGAUGUACAUGAUAGAGCACUUUGUAAAUAGAUAGGUUACAAAGGCACACACUCUAUUGUAUUUUUCUGCUUAGAAGUGGUUGCUUGAGUCAGAGUUUUCUGAAUGAUUAGCCGUUGUUUAAAUCUUUUUUUCUUUAAAUUUUACUCACUAAGAUGAAAUUCGAGAGUUAUCCAUCAGCUAAGGACUCAACAGAAGACACUGACACAGAACAUAUGAGAUACUUAGGAGUUCAGCCUGAUAUUACUUUAUAUAUAUUUAUGAGGAGUCAUUGUAAGGUGCUGUUAUCAUACAAUAUAUGAUUAUCAUGUGUGGUUUGUAUUCAGCCACAUAAAUUACAGAUAACACGGGUGGACCUAUGGUUGGUCAGUAUAUCAGUUUGAUAUUUGGGUUCAAAGUAAAAGGGCUUCAUAUUUUUAGACAACAGUUUGUAUGUAAUAUUUUGAUUUUUUGCUGAUAUGCCAUGCAAGAAACCCAUGUAAUCAUCUAAUUUUAGUAAUCUUUAUUAUUGAUUUUCUGUAUGUGUGGAGGAGUAAUGCUCAAAUUCAUAUAUGGUUUUGAUGAUGCAUUUCUUUGAAAUGAAUGUAGGCCCUAUUGAGAAGUGAUAAUGAAUAUAUUAUUUGAUUAAAAGUUUCUUUUGAUAUUAAAGUCAGGGCAAUGUCUUGUAGCUCAGAAUGCAAAGAUUGUAUAUCCAAAAGCAAGUAUGAAGCUUCCUUAUGCUCACCUUUUGGCACUAAAUAAUUAAAGUAUUUUUGAAAGUAUUCUUCCUUCAUUGUUUUGCAAAGUUCGUUGAGAUAAUCCAGAAAGAAGGAUGUGAUCAUGGGGCUUUGCAUUUUGAUGAGGAGAAAGACACAGAAAAUAUUUACUUAGUUUUAAGAUUUUAUAUCACAACCAUUAUAAGUGCAAUUGAAUAAUGCCUUUUGCAUUUGUUUUGCGUAAAGUCAGAUAUGUAGAUGCUAAGACUUCAUAAGAUAGAAAGUAAUUGUAUGUACACAUAAAUUGUUAUAUAUAUUUGUUUCAAUUAGAUAACCUGUAUACAAUGCGCAGAAUCAUUGUACGCAGAUGUUUAUAAAUAGUUAAAAAGAAGAAAAAAUGUUGUUUAAAAGGAUUGCAAAUACAAUAUAUACUAGUAUUUUAUAUUAUGAAAAACAUAUAAUACAGGACAUUACGUGAUCAAUAUUCAAAGUCACAGCAUAUUAUUUGGUUACCAUUUUAUAUGUGUAUUUGCUAUCACAACAGUUAAAUGAUCCAUGCCUUCCAUGUACACUGAUAUAUUAUUCACAGUGCUUACAAUGAAAACAUUUUCCAUUGUAGUGAAGGACAGAUGUGUUGCAAUCCUGUUAUAUAUGAUUUUUUUUCCAACAUUUUGUAAGAAAUAUUGUUUAAACUUUAUAAAAAUAUAAAAAUGAAAUAGU